AUGGAGCCCAAGCCGUCUUCGGCGGCGCAUGGUGACGCGCCCGCGGUCGAGGCCCCCCGCCGCCGUGGCGGCGGCGGCAAGCGCAAGUCGGCCGGGUCCUCGUUCACGCCAUCGAAGCGGCAGGCCAAGGAGCGGAACGCUUCCUUCCACGUGCCGCCGCAUCUUCUGCACAGCGGGCCGCUCACCCGCGCCGCGCGCCAGUCGCCGCACAAGCUCGCGGGCACGCCGCCGGAGUCGGGGCCAGCGUCGUCGGAGGCCGCAACUGGGGACGGGGUGAGCGGCGGGCAGGCGGAUGUUGAUGCGAUCCGGCCCGAGAUGGAGGAGACGCCGGCCCCGGAGCUGCCGCUGGUGGACGAGAUGUUUGAGGCCGUCCGAUCCCGUGGCGCCGGCGUCCAUGUGGUCCCUACCUUUGCUGGAUGGUUUUCAUGGAAAGAAAUCCACCCGGUUGAGAAGCAGACCUUGCCUUCUUUUUUUAAUGGAAAAUCUGAGAAGCGGACACCUGAGCUGGAGUCCAAAGAUCUGGCUGAGUUGUCAAUCGGGGAGACCGAUGCACGGCAGGAAGUCUUGGAAUUCUUGGAUCACUGGGGCUUGAUAAAUUUCCACCCUUUCCCACCAGCUGGACAUGAGGAGACAGCUGAGCCUUCUGUUGAGUACCACUGCAACUCCUGUUCAGUUGAUUGCUCACAGAAGCGGUAUCAUUGUCGGACCCAGGCAGAUUUUGACCUCUGUUGUGAUUGCUAUAAUGAAGGGAAGUUCGAUCCAGGCAUGGCCAAAACCGAUUUCAUCCUCAUGGAUUCUGCAGAAGUUUCAGGUGCUAGUGGUACUAGUUGGACUGAUGAGGAGACAUUACUUCUUUUAGAAGGUUUGGAAAUUUUUGGUGGAAAAUGGGCUGAGAUUGCUGAACAUGUUGCUACUAAGACAAAAGCACAAUGCAUGUUGCACUUUCUUCAAAUGCAAAUUGAAGACCGCUUCCAUGAUGGCAAAGAUAUUAAUCAAAACAUCCCAGUAAGUACAGAGCAAGCCACAACGGAGAAAGUAAUUGCUGAAACAUCUGAAAAAAUGGAAGUUGAAGAUAAAGUGGAAGGAAGAGAUACUGCGGAUGAGAAGGCCUCAGAGAAAACAGAGGGAAACUGUGAAGAAACAAAAACUGAAGAUGCAAGUAUUGUUGUAAAUAAAGAUACUCAGAAUUCAGAAGGCAAAGAUUCAGGUGCAUCUCCAAGCACUGAAGAGCCAAAGCAAUCUUCUGAUGAGCAACCUAUAGCAAAGGAAAAUUCUGCAGAUGUAGAUACUUCUGGUGAAAAACUAUCAAAUGUUGCUAUUGAUAUCCUAAAAUCUGCAUUUGAGGCUGCUGGUCACAGCCCAGAAUAUGAAGGUUCAUUUGCUGAUGCAGGAAAUCCAGUUAUGGCACUAGCAGCGUAUUUAGCUGGUCUUGUGGAAGAUGAUAGCACUACCAUUUCGUUCCGUAGUUCACUAAAAGCUAUAUCCGAGGUGUCUCCUUCACUCCAAUUAGCAAGUAGGCACUGUUUUAUUCUUGAGGACCCACCAAAUGAACUCAAAGACAUUAGUGCUAGUGUAAGUAAGAAAAAUACAGAUGGUGAUCAAACAAAAGAUGAGGAUAUGAUUCAAAAUUCAAUAGAUACUGAGAAAAAAGAGAUCAAUGAGAAAGAAGAUAAGUCUUUAUCUGUGGAAAAGAAAAACAAUUCAUCCACAUCACAAAAUGACCACCAAGAAACAGACAUUAAGAGCGUCUCACAUGAUGAUUGCUCCUUAGUGGAGCCGAAAACCAAUAAUGCUAAGGAGUCAGGUGAUUCAACUGCUAUUGGGGAUAAGAGUGCAACCGACACUACAAAAGGUAAUACUAAACAAGUGAAUGACUUACCAAGUGUUGAGGUGGAGGCUCCUGAUGAUUCAUCUUUAAAAGGCAAGAAUGAGCUCAAUAAGACUGAAGAUGCAGUGGCGACACCAGCUACCGUACAGGAACAGAAACACAGCCAAACAUUGGAAAAUGGCGAUAAGGAAGGACCUAACAACAUUGAAAGUGUAGUUGUCGAUGAAGAGAAGGGAUCUAUAGUGACUGCCAACCAAAAUGAUUCCAUAACUAGGCUCAAGCGAGCAGCAGCCACUGCUGUUUCAGCAGCUGCUGUGAAAGCUAAGUUUCUCGGUGAUCAGGAGGAAUAUCAAAUUCGAAGGCUGACAGCACUUAUGAUUGAAAAGCUGUUCCAAAAAAUAGAAGUGAAGAUGUCGUUGUUUUCAGAGAUUGAGCAGGUGGUCCUUCGAACAAGAGAGUAUACCGAGAAGACCAGAAAGAAGCUCCUAAUGGAACGAAAUGCCAUUAUUGCAGCUCGGAUGGGUGCAUUGCCGUCUAGGCCAAACCAGCCUGGUGUAGCCGGAAACAGGUUACCACCUGGAUAUGGCAACCCUCCUGUAAGGCCUCCAAACGCAAUGCCGCGGCCUACCAGCUGA